CAGAUUACGGCGCGGUCAUUGUGCGACUUUAUGGGCAGCCCGAUGCCGAGCCAGCGCACCGUUUGAAUGCAGGAGGCUGUAGGCACGGAUCGCCGCCGGGUGUUCGGUACGGGCGCCACGGGCGCGGCGGCGUCCGCGGCGGGCGUGAACGGCUCGGAUACGGCGUCAGGAACUGUCUGCAUUAGGUCGCGUCGCGAUAGCUGGCCAUUGGCAGUGGCGCUUCGUGGCGGGGAUGCGCCAAAUGCGGCCUGUUAUCAUGCCGUCUCUGACGUGCCCCAAACGGCGGCAUGUUCUCUAGUCACGUCCCGCCGUUCAGUAUCGCUGGCGCUGUUUAAUACAGUAGCCCGCUUAAGCUCCAGACAUUAUAAGGCGCCCCCCGGUGACGUUUUGUGGCCGGCAGCAGUAUUGCUGCAACGUCACGUUAUGGGUUCUCUGCCUGCCAAGCACUGCUUGCCGUACUUGGUGCCAUGCUUUUAAAUCCACAGUGUCCUAACGUCGUCUUGUUGCAGGCUACGGCCGCGUCCAAUGCCACUAAGACCGCUUCAAAAACCGGCUCCAAAAUAUCCACCACCAAAUCCCCCUCCAACGCAGCCGCCGGCAAGACCCCGUCUAACGCAUCCACCGCCAAGACCCCUUCGAUGACGUCCACCAAGAAAACUUCCUCCAUCGCGUCCUCGAAGAAAGCCCCCUCCACCGUAUCCGCGACGAAAACCCCCUCCAAUGCGUCGACUAAGAAGACACCUUCCAUCAUGGGCGCCGCCUCCAAUGUGCCUAUCUCUAAAACGGCGUCCAAUGUGGAGGCCAAGCCACCGACGCCUGCCGAGGGGGCCUCCCGGACGGGCAUCUUGUUUGACUCUGCCAAAGGAGAGACCGCCCUGGUGACCAAGGGCUUUAAGACGCUCGUCAGGAAGCUGAAGGGCACUUGGAAGAUAAGCAGCAACAAGGAGGAACUGUUUGCCGAGGUGCUAGCGGAGACGAGGGUGCUCGUCAUCCCGGGCCCACGGGCCAAGUUCAGCGCCGAGGAAAUCCAGAUGCUGAAGCGGUACGUGGAGGAGGGCGGCAGCCUGUUGGUGAUGCUGGGCGAGGGCGGCGAGAAGCGCAACGACACCAACAUCAACUACCUGCUGGAGGAGUACGGCAUGAGCAUCAACAGCGACGCUGUGGUGCGCACCCAGUACUACAAGUACUUCCACCCGAAGGAGUGCUACAUCUCCAACGGCAUCAUGAAUCGCGCGCUCGGCCAGAUGGCAGGCAAGACGACGCCCGGCAUCGGCAUGGACGACGACGGCAACAACCCACAGGCUCUGGUGUUCCUUUAUCCGUUCGGUGCAUCCAUCAACGUGGCCAAGCCGGCUACCCCGCUGCUCUCCACGGGCAGCGUAGCCUUCCCCAGCAACAGACCGAUCUGCGGCCUCUACCAGAACGAGGUGGGCGGCAAGAUCAUUGCGCUGGGGUCGGUGGCCAUGCUCACCGACCAGUACCUGGAAAAGGAGGAAAACAUGAAGGUCAAGGACGUGCUGUUCGACAUCCUCUGUCUGCCGGAUAUGGUGUCACUCAACAAGAUCGACGCCGGUAAUCCGGAGAUAAACGACUACAACCUGAUUCCGGCGAUCGGCAUCCUGGCCGAGCGGCCUCGCGUCUGCCUGCAGGAGUCGGACAGCGUGCCGACCGACCUCAGCAAGCUGUUCGACACGCAGGUGUACUCCAUCAAUACUCGGCUGGUGCCGCAGGCCCUGGACCUGUACAAGAGCAUGGGCAUCGACCACGAGCAACUGAAGCUGAUCACGCCGCAGUUUGAGAUGCCCAUGCCACCGCUGCAGCCGGCCAUUUUCCCGCCGUCGUUCCGUGACCUGGACCACCCGCCGCUGGAGCUGAUCGACCUGGACGAGGCGUUCAGCGAUAACAAGGCUCGCCUGGCGCAAGCGGCCAACAAGAGCGGCGACAGUGACAUCGAGUUCUUCAUCACAGAGUGCGGCGAUGUCCUGGGCAUCACCUCGCGGCUGCCGCCCGAGGCGCGCUCGGCCCGACACAUCCUGGAGCACGUGCUUUUCCAGCUGGCCGACUACCGCAAGCUGAAUCAGCCGGGUGACGCUGAGUACCGGGGACCGCCGCCGCCCCUGUCGGGCGCGGCACCGCCUCCAGCGGGGCAGGAGGUGCCGCAGGGGGACGAGGCGCCGCCGGAAGACGAGGCGCCACCGGAGGAUGAGGCGCCACAGGACAAAGCACCGUCGGAGGACGAGGUACCAGCAGCGGAAGAGGCGGCCGAGUAACACCCCGACGGGAGCACCCGGGAGCUUCGGUCGGGCCGCGCCUAGCGCCCACCAGCCCGCCCGCGGUGACCCGGUAUCCGCGGAUCUGAUCCGGUUCGCGUCCGCUCCGCCACGCGCGGUCCGCCGGAUCGCGUGCUCCCGCCGUGGACACCGCGGCGCGCGAGCACACCCCGGACAUCUGUUAUGGUGGACAGCUGAGCAGGGCCCGCUUCGAAAGCCGCUCCUCUCAGACCUCGUUCAGGGCGACCCGAAGCCGUGGAGCGGGGACCGCACUGGAUGUUGUCUGAGCCAGGCUCUCCGGACGCCCAGUGCCUCUAGCCGGUUGUUUCAACCUGGACGAGGAGUCACGCCAGCAGCCUACGCCAGACAGCGGGCCUGCUUCCGGUGUGACACUCCCGCGCGGAGCGGCAGCCCCGUUCAGACCACGAGUUGUAACGUACCGCGCCUUCCACAGGCGUGGCAUCGCAGAAUGGCGUGCGCUGCAGUUUUACUCGGUGUUGUUCUUGUCUUAUGUAUUUCUGUAGGCCGUUCGCAGCUGACUGACGCCGCGUUGAGAACAACUAAUAAAAGCGUUCUCCGCUGACGCCUUCGCUGGCAGUGCCCUGGUGAUCCGAUACUGAUGCCACCCCUGCAGCGUUUCCCCGCCUGCAUCACGUGACGAGCACGCAGCUGCCCUAGCAGCGUGGGUGUUUCGUCAGAGCCUGUUUCUACUUGCUGGAACCAGAACGGCA